UUUUUCAGCGCAUUGUUAUUACUAUCGCUCGUACGGCAACAGAUACGAAAUUAUCUUUAAACAAUAUUUUUGUUUUUUCGGGUGAAAAAAACACAUUUUUAUAAAAAAUAAAUUUAUAUGUGGAGAAUUACAAUUCUAGACGUUACAAUUUUUCACGCAAGCACAUUUAUUACUCGUAUUAUGUAUGCUAUUAUCCCCGUCAUAUGUAUAAAAGUUCCAAUGUGUAUAAAAAGCUCGAAACGGACAAAAUUAUGUCAGUUUGUCAAAACAUCUGCAGAACUGGUUUGUGGAAAAGAUGAAGAAUAUUAUUGCGGAUCGGCAUGUCAAACAACUUGUAGCAAUUUGGGCAAACCUUGUCCGAUAGUAAAUAUCAGAUGUAACGAUGCUUGUUACUGCAAAACAGGAUAUGCGCGAAACGGUGACGAUAACAGUCCAUGUAUUUCUAUAAGUGAUUGUCCUAAGGAAUGAAAUUAAAUGUCCAAUAUCCUGAUAACAAAAAAUUAAUUAUUCGGUUAUUCAAGUUUUAUUUUGUAAUGUUUUUGCGACUAUAUUAUUUGCGAAUAUAUUAUAUUUCAAUUUUUCUUACAAAUGAAAUAUUCAUUAAUACGGCUUAUUGUACGAAAUAUUUGUUAAUUAUAUCAUAUGUAAUAUAUUA